UGCAAUAUUUGUAUAUAGCCUAGUAUAACAUUUGAGGUUGAGGCAUCCUGUCAGAAAGAGACAGUUUGACACCAUGCAGAAUCUCCAAAAACUCUAGGAUGGAUCUUCUUAAAUGGAUCUUCAAUCUUCUAAUGGUCCUGGUAAUCAUUACAUCCCUGUAUUUGCACUACUGUGGAAAACAUGAGAUGAUGCGAAGUGAAAUGACAGACAGAUUUAAAUUACUGAACUGCAUGAAACUUCGUCAAAGGUUCUCCAACAUCACUCUAGCAAAGAGUAUUGAUGUGAUGAAUGUCACUAGGUAUCUCUCAGCAUUAAUGAGCUGUCCACAUGUGUCCAAUAAGACCAAAAAGGAUCUAAACAGAUUAAUGCUGCGUUUGUGUUGUAAUGCCACGGAUUCAUUAUACCUGACAAAGAAGAACACCGCUUUAAAUCAAAGUAUUACAUAUGAGACCUCAAACAGGGUGUACAAAGUGGAAGCUGCACUUCACAAAAUUCUACCCGAGGACUUUCUAUGGAGCAGCCGUGGUCAUCUGGGCCGAUGUGCUGUGGUGGGCAAUGGAGGGAUUCUGAAGAACAGCAGUUGUGGAAGAGAGAUUGACAGUGCAGACUUCGUCAUCAGGUUGAACUUGGCUCCCAUUAAUGACAGUGAUGUUGGGCUGAAGUCUGAUCUUGUGACCGUCAAUCCCAGUCAGCUCUCUGCAGAAAACAUGGCUGCGAAUCCAGGUCCGUUGGUGGGGCGCGUGAGCGUGUAUGGAAAUGCGCCUCUGAUAAUUCCAGCCUUCGCAUACACAGUGUGCACUGCAGUGUCAAUUAAAACCCUCCAGGUUCUCCAGACGCUCAGACCUCAGCAGCCCGUGGUGUUCUUUAGUCCCUACUACCUCAAGUCAUUGGACCGUUUCUGGAAGAGGAAGGGGCUGAAAGCAAAACGCCUCUCCACAGGUUUCAUGUUAGUUAAUACGGCUCUAGAGCUGUGUGAUGAUGUCCGUUUGUAUGGAUUCUGGCCAUUUGACGUCAAUCUAAAGCAGCAGAUACUUCAACACCAUUAUUACGACAACAAACCACCCAAUCUGCACAUACAUGCCAUGCCAGAGGAGUUUUUCCAAUUGUUACAGCUUCACAGCCAGGGGGCGCUAACACUGCAACUACAACCCUGCUUAUAACUCCCUCUCUCUCUCUCUCUCUCUCUCUCUCUCUCUCUCUCUCUGUCUCUCUCUCUCUCUCUCUCUCUCUCUCUCUCUCUCUCUCUCUCUCUCUCUCUCUCUCAUGCACACAUUUGUGGUUUUCGGGGAGUCUCCAUAGGUGGCAUUGUUUUUAUACUGUACAAGCUUACUUCUUACAGUAAAGUACUGGCAUUUUUUUAACCAUACGUCCGUUGUGAUAUCCAUGUCAUUAUACUCAUUUGUGUCCUCAUAAACCACAAAUGCAAGCACACACACAUUCUCAUAGGGCACCUGUUAAAUAAUUAACAUGGUUUAAGUUCCCGCUGUUCUCGUAGAAUACCUCUAGACGAAUUCUCGAUCUCAUAGAGCAAGAAGACACACGAGACGUAUAUUUCCUUACUCCAAAAGUUUAUUCCAGAAUACAGUGAUUUAUAUGAGCGUUUUCAAAGGGGAGUUUUACCCCUCUAGCCAAUGAAACAAAAGAUGACAUAUGUUGUAUUCAUGCCAAAAGAUAUGUUCUUAUAUAAGAUAAAGGAAAUUAUGAACAUAUAAGAAACACUGUUGGACACUGAAAAACACUUCUUCUUGUGAAGUAUCAAAAGUGUAGAGCAAACUCAUUCAACCCACGACUGAACCCUUCUAACAUGUUAGAAGGAUAUUAUAUAUAAUAUAUACUACAGAACACUAGGGGGAGAUAUAAAGAAAAUCACGCCUAGGAGGAGGGAAAAAGAUCAGACAGAAAGAGUCUAAGGGAGAGUGUGUUCAAAUCUAACAGCACCUUUUUCUGAUGCUUGGACAGAAAUCUUUUAAUAUUUUCUAUUUUGCAUUUGUUUUCUGCUUUACUUGAAAAGCGCUCCGACCCGAUGGCUACGCAAACAGAAUAAUGUCAUUAGAGUGCAAAGUCAUCAAAGUAUAUCCCUGUGUAUUGAGGAAGAGGCUGAACUGUGAAAGUUACGAAAUGAAAUCAGCGGUUUUGUUUCGGAUUUAGCUUCACUCAAAUGGGAAAUUUCCGAUAUACUCAUUAAACCUGUUUGCUAUUCACAUUUCAAAAAGAAUGAUCGGUAAGUCUGGAUUUGAAUGUUCACACCGACUUCCAAACUAAAAAUCAAACCACUAGCUUUAAAAACACUUAUAAUAUCACUGAUAAAAAUAGAGUAACAAGAUUAUGUAAAUUCUUGAAUGCCUUGUGUGUUCAAUAGAAACCAACAGCCUUAAAUAACAGUGAAAUCAUCCAUGUGAUGUUUUUCUUACACUUUUAUAUCUUAUCUACCUUCUUAUCUGUGCAAACAAUAUUUUGUCAUGAUGGUCCCUUACGAGCAUUCUGCUGACAAUAAGUAAUUUUGCAUCUACAUCUAACAUCUACAUCUUUCAUUAUAAGUAGACUGUGUAAUUAUUAUCUGAUAACUCUUUAUUGUGAUGAUCUAUUGUGAUGGUCACCUUUAUUAAGAAUCAUAUGAUGCUUCUUGAUGUCUGUGUCUAAAAAUACUAGUUUUCAAAGACUCUUAUGCACGAUGUGCUCUAGAUGAUGAACUAUUGUAACAUAACUAUAAGAGCAGCUCUCUGCUUACAUGCUUUAGUUCCAGAAGAUCGAUUACUCAAAAUCUAGACAUAUGAAGAAAACAAAGUUAUUUUGGGCAUAAUCAAGUUAAUGCCUUGACUUAUUCAUGUGAAAGUAGCUGACAACUGCUUACUAUGCAGCACUGAGUUCUCUGCGUCUCAACAGUACACACGACAUUAUGGAGAGAGAUCAAAUACAAAAAGUCAAGGGUCAAGAGCCCAACUAAAGCUAUCACUGAUCCCCAUGAUGGUAAAACAUCACCAUCUGAUCCUCCGUAAUUGUUAAAAACUGCAGGUGUUCAUCUGAUGCUCCAUAAUUGUCAAGAUCCGCAGGUGUUCAUCACUGAUGCACAAUCAUCACUUAAUGAUCGUUGAGGACUUGACUCUAGACUUGCCUUUGUCUUGAAAAUAAUAAAUGUGUUCAACUUUGCAGUGCUGACAAAUACACCGAUCGGUGUCCGCAGCGCCGCUUUAAGUCAAACACAACUUUUGGUUUCUGGUCUGGUGAAAUCAGCUGCUGAGUUCAUGGCUGGAAUCAACAUGUGGCAGGACUCUACAUCUCUGGAGCUCCGUUGCUGAAGAGCAUUGAACCGUUUUCUCCCGUAUUCUACUGUACAGAUGUCAAUUUACUUUUUCUUCAACCUGAGGUUUACUCAUUGCACUUUUUGGUGUGAAAGGUAUAUGAGUAACGUUGCAUUGUGACCGCUAUUUUGAAUUCUGUCGCGUCGCUGUGAAAGUGACGUGAUGACUUGAGCUUGAGUUGAAAGCAAAGUAAAGAUGCUAGAUGUUCGCUAAUAUGAUGUUCCCAGAUACCACAGUAUAUUUGCUAUAAAUAUACUUUUUUAGAGAGUAAAUAGUAGCGAAUAACACAAUAUUGUAAUGCAUUACUUUUAAAAUUUAGAAUUUAUUCUAACCCUA